AUGACUGAAUCUGAUGGCUUCAAUGCUUUCUUUACCGAAUGUAGGAAGAAGACAGAUCAUUAUUUCCCUGAAAAUGUAGUCGUUAAAAGUAAACGGAGGUUCUUCAGUUUGAUAUUCGUUUUAUCAUUGCUUUAUAAAUUAGCAAUCUCCCAUCGUUUCAAUUUUCUUUCUUGUUUAUUAAAUUUAUCAAUUGAAAAAGGAUACGGUCAGGCAAUCCUUUUAUCUUUAGGCAUUUUUCUUGUGACAUGGGCAAUAUUCUUUGCUCUUUUCUGUGCACUUAUUUGGCCUUUCAUAUUGACAAUACGGAUUGCCGCUAAAGUUAUAAUCUUUAUCGUGGUUGGUCUUGGCAACGGUCUUGCAUGGUUCGUUGGUGUUGGUUUCAAAGGUCUUGGUGAAGGUCUCGCAUGGUUCGUUGGUGCUAUCUUUUGGGCAGUUUAUAACAUCCUUGUUUUUGGCCUUGGAAUGGAAUUUGAGCGCUCAGCUGAAAACACCGGUUCGCCUACGCUGCCCAGAUAUCAACAAAGGGAUGAUGCACUAGCUCCUCCGCCGACGACUACGAACGAAGAAAUAGAGUUGCAGAGCAAUCCUACCACUCAAAUUUACGCCUAA